AGUGCAUUUCUUAUGCAUUUAUAGCUCCAUCUAUCGUUGAUUUCCGUGAACACGAUUACAGGAAGCUUUUAGACGGUUAGUUUGCCAUUUUGUGACGCCUUGUGUGGAAGUUCGUAAACAGAUUUUGCUUUGCUUGCCUGCGGAGGGACAAGAAUUAUGUCAAAACGGAGGAUCGAGGUCGUGGAUCCGUAUGUUAAACGGAAGGCAGAUGGAUCAACAGUAUCUAAUAACAUAAGUGUACCAACAACAGCACCAAAAAGUCAAGUUCAGCUUAAUCCUUAUACUGGACUACCUUACACACCACGAUACCAUGAAUUUUAUAAAAAGAGAAUUACUUUACCUGUAUUUGAAUAUCGUGCUGAUUUUAUGAGGUUAUUGGCACAACAUCAAUGUAUUGUACUGGUUGGAGAAACAGGGUCAGGUAAAACUACACAGAUACCACAAUGGUGUGUAGAAUAUUCAAGCUGUAUUGGUAACAAAGGUGUUGCUUGCACCCAACCAAGAAGAGUAGCAGCUAUGUCUGUUGCACAGAGAGUUUCAGAAGAAAUGGAUGUUGCAUUAGGUCAAGAAGUAGGAUAUAGCAUACGUUUUGAGGAUUGUAGUUCUCCAAAAACUGUAUUGAAAUAUAUGACUGAUGGUAUGCUUCUUCGUGAAGGCAUGUCUGAUCCCAUGCUUGAUGCAUAUCAAGUGAUAUUGUUAGAUGAGGCUCAUGAAAGAACUUUAGCCACAGACUUACUUAUGGGUGUUUUAAAAGAAGUGAUUAAACAAAGACCAGAUCUGAAACUUGUGAUUAUGAGUGCAACACUGGAUGCUGGAAAAUUUCAACAGUAUUUUGAUAAUGCACCUUUAAUGAAUGUACCUGGCAGAACGCAUCCUGUUGAGAUUUUUUAUACACCUGAACCUGAAAGAGAUUAUUUAGAAGCUGCUAUCAGGACUGUUAUUCAGAUACACAUGUGUGAAGAGGUAGCAGGAGAUUUACUUUUGUUUUUAACUGGUCAAGAAGAGAUUGAAGAAGCCUGUAAAAGAAUCAAAAGAGAAAUGGAUAAUUUAGGUCCAGAAGUAGGUGAACUCAAAUGCAUACCACUUUAUUCUACACUGCCUCCAAAUCUUCAACAAAGAAUUUUCGAACCUGCACCACCAACAAAACCAAAUGGUGCUAUUGGCAGAAAAGUAGUAGUCUCAACUAACAUUGCAGAAACAUCAUUAACUAUUGAUGGUGUUGUGUUUGUGAUAGAUCCUGGAUUUGCAAAACAGAAGGUAUAUAAUCCCAGAAUUCGUGUAGAAUCUCUUCUUGUAUCACCCAUCAGUAAAGCUUCUGCCCAGCAAAGAGCGGGUAGAGCCGGUCGUACCAGACCUGGGAAAUGUUUCAGAUUAUAUACUGAAAAAGCAUAUAAAAAUGAAAUGCAGGAUAAUACUUACCCUGAAAUAUUAAGGUCCAAUCUUGGGAGUGUUGUAUUACAAUUAAAGAAACUUGGUAUUGAUGAUUUGGUUCACUUUGACUUUAUGGAUCCACCUGCACCAGAAACUCUUAUGAGAGCUUUAGAACUUCUUAAUUAUUUGGCUGCAUUGGAUGAUGAUGGAAAUCUAACAGAUUUGGGAGCUGUGAUGGCAGAGUUUCCAUUAGAUCCUCAGUUGGCGAAAAUGCUGAUUGCAUCGUGUAAUCAUAACUGUAGCAAUGAGAUACUAAGCAUUACCGCCAUGCUGUCAGUCCCGCAGUGUUUUGUGAGGCCAAAUGAAUCAAAGAAAGCCGCGGAUGAUGCUAAAAUGCGAUUUGCACAUAUCGAUGGAGAUCACUUGACAUUGUUAAAUGUAUAUCAUGCUUUUAAGCAAAAUUUCGAAGAUCCACAAUGGUGUUAUGAUAAUUUUGUCAAUUACCGAUCUUUAAAAAGUGGCGACAAUGUCAGGGAACAAUUGAGCAGAAUAAUGGACAGAUUUCAUUUAAAACGUACCUCAACAGAUUUUACAUCAAAAGAUUAUUAUAUUAAUAUUAGAAAGGCGCUUGUGAAUGGUUUCUUCAUGCAGGUCGCUCAUUUAGAAAGAACUGGUCAUUAUUUGACUAUCAAAGAUAAUCAAAUUGUACAACUUCAUCCGAGUAGUUGUUUGGAUCACAAACCAGAAUGGGUAAUUUAUAAUGAAUUCGUACUCACGACCAAAAAUUACAUCAGAACAGUUACUGAUAUCAAACCUGAUUGGUUACUAAAGAUAGCACCACAAUACUAUGAUCUACAAAAUUUUCCACAAUGUGAAGCAAAGAGACAACUGGAAGUGAUUCAAGCGAGGCUAGAUUCAAAACAAUAUCAAGAAGGAUUCUAACCUUAAUAUCUUUUAGAUAUCUUCAAAAAUGGUGUCAAACAAUCUGUAAUAUGUGGUCGAAUCAUUUUCGGCAUUAUGUCAAACACAGUUCUUUUUCAAACAUAAAGCCGAGAACAUACUAAAUGUUGUGAGAUAUAAUCAGAAGAGUAGUGUCGUCUACUCUGUAUUUUCACGUGACAUGUAAAGAAAAAGACAAAUUUUACUGAACAUUUAUAAUUUUGUACAAGCUUCAAAAACUUGUACAUUUUUUAGGCUCAAGUGCCGAAAAAUUUCAAUGUUUGUAGACCUCAUUCUAUCUUAACAUGAAACAAAUGAAAAUUGAGAUUUAUUGUGCUAGAAGGCAUGCGGAAGGCAUAGUUGAUUGAUAAAUGAUUUAUUUAUGUACAUUAAUGAAAAAUUUAGCGACUAAGUAAUUUUACCAGUAGAAUUUGUUGAUUGACGUUUGCACACUUGAAAUGUAGUACUAAAGAUAGAUACAAAUAGAUUAAUUUUUGUAUUAAAUGUUGAAUAAGUAUGACAGACGAAACGUAUACAAUGCUUGGAUAAUCGAAGAAAAUGAUUCUGCAUAAUCUUUGAAACACAUUGUAUAUGUUUGAUGUUUUUCCUUCAAAUUAAUUAAUACCAUUUAACGAGUUAUACGUUUCACGUUUUUCAAGUACACACGUCUAAAAGGAUUAUAUACUUAUAAUUUGAUUAUCAUUAUAAUGUGCAAACAAUGUACCACCUUAUGCAAUGUUUUUCUUCUUGUUUUUAAUCAGUAUAGUUUUGCUUUCAUCAUUUUACAUGAAGAAAAUUUAUUGCAAAUUGAAAAAUACUUCCAUUAACGAAAGAAGCAAUUAUUAUGAAAUAAAAAAUAGUCAUAACUUGUAAUAUGAACGAUAUUUUAAAAAAACUAUGUGAUAGGUUUGAAAAAAAUCAAAUUAUUGAAUACUUAUUUAUGUAUACUAGCAUAAUAGAAAUUGCAAUCCACUAUCACUGUGAAGGUUUAUAGUAUUUCAAGUCAUCUUUACAAGCGUAUAAAUGAAUUAAGCUUAAUUAUUAUAUGGUUAAACAAUUGACGAUAUCUGAUUUAGAACACCAAGUGCGUUAAAAAGUUUGUUAAAUUGUUUAGUUUGUUUCUUUAGAACUGAAAAAACCUUUAAGUAGUUUGAAAUACUAUUAUGCUACAAAAUUGAUUUUCUUAAUGAAAGUGUAAUCUUAUUGUUUACAGUUUUUUGCUUGUUUUAACAUAUUAAAUAAUAGUUUGUUUUUGUAAAUAAAAAAUAUGCAAAUAUUAAGAGAACAUGUAAAAUCACAAGAUUUCUGAUCGCGAACAGUUUUCAUUGUAUUGUAUCACUUCAUUCCAAUAAAAUAAUGAAAAUAUGAUACGAUUGUGAUAA